GUGGGGCAGGGUUGAGGGUUAUUUAAAGAAGGUGGGGGGCGAGCGAAGGGGUUGGAAGCUAGUAUUCCCCACCCCUGCUCCAGCAAGCUCUUUCCAGCGCAGCCACCGCUGUCGCCCAGGAACCUCCCUUCUCCCCUUCCUCGUCCCACCUCGUCUUUCCCGCUCCAACGCCAUGGAGCCGGACACGGCCACAGAGGCAGCCACCGUGGCAGCCUCGGAUGCCAGAGCCACAAUCGUGGUUGUAGAGGAUGAGCAGCCUGGGCCGUCCACCUUUAAAGAGGAAGGAGCGGCUACCGUCGCCGCAGAAGCCACCACGGUCACUGAGCAGGGCGAGAAGGAGAAAGUCACCUCUCCAUUUCAACUCAAACUUGCUGGUAAAGCUUCCAAAUCUGAAAAGGAAAUGGACCCAGAAUAUGAAGAGAAAAUGGUAAAUAUGCCCUUGAAAGCAGACCGAGCAAAGAGAUUUGAAUUUUUACUGAAGCAGACGGAACUCUUUGCACAUUUCAUUCAACCUUCAGCACAGAAGUCUCCAACAUCUCCUCUCAACAUGAAACUGGCUCGUCCUCGAGUAAAGAAAGACGACAAGCAGAGCUUGAUUUCUGUUGGAGACUAUCGCCACAGGCGCACAGAACAAGAAGAAGAUGAGGAGCUUCUGUCAGAGAGCAGGAAAACAUCGAAUGUGUGUGUUAGAUUCGAGGUCUCCCCUUCCUAUGUGAAAGGAGGACCGUUGAGAGAUUAUCAGAUCCGAGGGCUAAACUGGUUGAUCUCUUUGUAUGAAAACGGAGUCAAUGGUAUUUUAGCUGAUGAAAUGGGCCUGGGGAAGACGUUGCAAACCAUUGCUUUGCUUGGUUACCUGAAGCACUACAGAAACAUUCCUGGACCCCACAUGGUUUUAGUUCCAAAGUCUACUUUACGUAACUGGAUGAACGAAUUUAAGCGAUGGGUCCCGUCUCUCCGUGUUAUUUGUUUCGUUGGAGACAAAGAUGUGAGAGCAGCUUUUAUUCGUGAUGAAAUGAUGCCAGGAGAGUGGGAUGUUUGUGUGACUUCUUAUGAGAUGGUAAUUAAAGAAAAGUCUGUGUUUAAAAAGUUUCACUGGAGAUACUUAGUCAUCGAUGAAGCUCACAGAAUAAAAAAUGAAAAAUCUAAGCUUUCAGAGAUUGUUCGUGAGUUCAAGUCAACUAAUCGCUUACUUCUAACUGGGACACCUUUGCAGAAUAACUUGCAUGAGCUCUGGGCAUUACUUAACUUUUUAUUGCCAGAUGUCUUUAAUUCUGCAGAUGACUUUGAUUCUUGGUUUGACACUAAAAAUUGCCUUGGUGAUCAAAAGCUUGUGGAAAGACUCCAUGCAGUUUUAAAGCCAUUCUUGUUACGCCGUAUAAAAACCGAUGUAGAGAAGAGCUUGCCUCCUAAGAAGGAAAUAAAGAUUUACUUGGGACUGAGUAAAAUGCAACGAGAAUGGUAUACAAAAAUUCUGAUGAAAGAUAUUGACGUCUUAAACUCUUCUGGCAAGAUGGACAAGAUGCGACUCUUGAAUAUUCUGAUGCAGCUCCGGAAGUGUUGUAAUCAUCCUUAUCUGUUUGAUGGAGCAGAGCCUGGUCCACCUUAUACGACAGAUGAGCACAUUGUCAGCAAUAGUGGUAAAAUGGUAGCUCUGGAUAAGCUAUUGGUGAGAAUUAAAGAACAGGGAUCAAGAGUUCUCAUCUUUAGCCAGAUGACUCGACUGCUAGACAUAUUGGAGGAUUAUUGUAUGUGGCGUGGUUAUGAGUAUUGUCGACUGGAUGGACAAACCCCACAUGAAGAAAGAGAGGAAGCGAUAGAAGCCUUCAAUGCUCCGAGUAGCAGCAAAUUCAUCUUUAUGCUGAGUACUAGGGCUGGAGGACUCGGAAUUAACUUGGCAAGUGCUGAUGUGGUUAUUCUCUAUGAUUCGGACUGGAAUCCACAGGUUGAUUUACAAGCUAUGGAUCGGGCACAUCGCAUUGGUCAGAAGAAGCCAGUACGAGUCUUCCGUCUCAUUACAGACAACACAGUGGAAGAGAGGAUUGUAGAGAGAGCUGAGAUAAAACUGAGACUUGAUUCAAUUGUUAUACAGCAAGGAAGACUCAUUGACCAACAAUCUAACAAGCUGGCAAAAGAGGAAAUGCUACAAAUGAUACGUCAUGGAGCUACGCAUGUUUUUGCCUGUAAAGAAAGUGAGCUGACAGAUGAGGACAUUGUAACUAUUCUGGAAAGAGGGGAAAAGAAGACUGCAGAGAUGAAUGAACGCAUGCAGAAAAUGGGAGAGUCGUCUCUAAGAAAUUUUAGAAUGGACCUUGAACAAAGUUUGUACAAGUUUGAAGGAGAAGAUUAUAGAGAAAAACAAAAGCUGGGUACGGUGGAAUGGAUUGAACCUCCUAAACGAGAACGCAAAGCCAACUAUGCAGUGGAUGCCUACUUUAGAGAGGCUUUACGUGUCAGCGAGCCCAAAAUUCCAAAGGCUCCUCGGCCUCCGAAACAGCCAAAUGUUCAAGAUUUUCAAUUUUUUCCACCACGCUUAUUUGAGCUCCUGGAAAAGGAAAUUCUUUAUUAUCGGAAGACUAUAGGUUACAAGGUCCCAAGAAAUCCUGAGAUCCCCAAUCCAGCUGUAGCUCAAAGAGAAGAGCAAAAAAAGAUCGAUGGAGCAGAACCUCUUACACCACAAGAAACCGAAGAGAAGGAUAAACUUCUCACACAAGGUUUCACAAACUGGACUAAGCGAGAUUUUAACCAGUUUAUUAAAGCUAAUGAGAAGUAUGGGAGAGAUGACAUUGAUAAUAUAGCUAGAGAGGUGGAGGGCAAGUCCCCUGAGGAAGUCAUGGAGUAUUCAGCUGUAUUUUGGGAACGCUGCAAUGAAUUACAGGACAUUGAGAAAAUUAUGGCUCAAAUUGAACGUGGAGAAGCAAGAAUUCAGCGAAGGAUCAGUAUUAAGAAAGCACUGGAUGCCAAAAUUGCAAGAUACAAGGCUCCAUUUCAUCAGUUGCGUAUUCAGUACGGAACCAGUAAAGGAAAGAACUACACUGAAGAAGAAGACAGAUUCUUGAUCUGUAUGUUACACAAAAUGGGCUUUGACAGAGAAAAUGUUUAUGAAGAGUUAAGACAGUGUGUACGGAAUGCUCCCCAGUUUAGAUUUGACUGGUUCAUUAAGUCGAGAACUGCCAUGGAAUUUCAGAGACGCUGUAAUACUUUGAUUUCAUUGAUUGAAAAAGAAAAUAUGGAAAUUGAGGAAAGAGAGAGAGCAGAAAAGAAGAAACGGGCAACUAAAACUCCAAUGGUAAAAUUUUCAGCAUUUUCCUAACUUUUAGUCACAGAAAAGAAAAGCAGAGUCAGCUACUGAGAGCUCUGGAAAGAAGGAUGUCAAGAAGGUGAAAUCCUAAAGCCUAGAAAUAAAGUUUUAAAUGGGAAACUGCUAUUUUCUUGUUCCCAUCUUCAAAUGCUAAUUACCAGUUCCAGUGUAUUCAUGGUACUCUAAGGAAAAGAAAAGGAAUACUCUUUGGUUUUGAUUUCUUGCAUAUUUUAUAUAUUUUACAAUGCUUUCUACCUGAAAUGUGUAGCUUUCUAUUUUAUGCAUUCUAGUAUUUUGUGUACUGUAUUUUGUGCAUUUCAUGUCUUCAUCAAAUUCCUCUCAGUCCUUGUUUUUUUGAAGCUUGUGCUGAGGUUUUAGCUUUUCUAUGUUUUCUAUGCCGCUGCUUUGAAAGAGAACCUAGAUUCUAUAGCUGUACUAUUGUUGUUUCAGACUUUAAAUUUAUAUGGCUGUGGAAAAAUGAAUUAAAACGAUUUGAGGAGAAAGACUUUUCACUUCUUUGUUGCUUUCUUUUCUAUUGAGUCUGGGCUUGUGUGUGUGCUACUGCAUAGUGUGAUUAGCAUAAUAAUUGUUUCUUUGAGGUCAUCUAAAUACUUUUUCCCAAGGAAAUAAAGGGUGAGAAAAGAAAAAAAAUCUUAAAAAUAAACCUGAAUAUUUGAUACUGUGCUUGCUGUCAGUGUGCGUUACAUUUAAAUUAUUCUCUAAAUAUUCAAGUGGGAAAAAUAUAAUAAAGGACUGUCUAUAA